GACGCUCAAGUUCAGAUCGAAGUCGCGUUCAGAACACGCGGGCAGGUGAGGCUACUUGUACUCCCACGGGAAGGCAAGAUUAUUUCAAGUGAAUAUUUUGGGUGCCAAUCAGGGCCACUGCAGCCGUGUCUCGUGAGGACGGAUCGGUUCAGUUUCGACGCACUGGUGAAUGGGCCCACGUUUGGUUGUGUUGUGUUGUGUUGUGUUGUAUUGUUCUGCCGUGCCAUGGGGACGCAGCAUGGUUCCCUUGAGCGCUCCGUCUCGUCCACCCCUUUCACCUCACCUUUGGGGUGCAUCUUACAAAAUUCGCAAAUCACGAUGCUCUCCCUUCCACUACCCCAGCUCUUCGCAGCUCUUCGCAGCUCCUCCAAGCUCUUUCCUGGCCCGUGCAGACGCCCCACAGCGCCCACAGCGCCUGCAGCACGCCCGUCCAAACACUAAAUUCUCCCCGCUUUGCGCUAGGAGGCCUCCCCUGUCCGAAUCCCCUGCCCAGGACUCGGACCGAUUAUUCGACAUGGGGAGCACGCCAGCCAGUCCGGGGCAGUCGCAGGCGGAGGCGUGACCAUGGAACCAUCAAUCCAUCCAUCGCCGCUCAUCAAAAUGCAACUCCAGUAACGUUGGUUUCUGCACUCAACAAACGCUGCUCAAUGAGGGGUGGACAGGCCACAAGCACCUGCUCUCCUCAAUGUCCCCAAAGCUUCGCACUCAUUCAGUGACCAAUACAUCGUCCCACUCUGGUUUACUGUAGUCACUGCUCGAUCU